CAAGGACUAAUUUAUUUGACAUUUCUAGUCUUGACAUUCAAUAGAUGUUUUGUUGGUUCUUGAUGCCCUUGUUGGCAGGAUUAGCAGUCUUCAUCCGCCCGGCGUAGUGUAGGAGUUGUUGUCAAUAUUAAGUUAAGUUAAAAAUGGAGCUCUUAAUAGCGAAUGUAGAUAACAUUGAGUUUAAAAUUGAGCGGGAUCUCAAUGAACAAUUCGGAGCGCUACCUCUGCCGUUUCCCGGCAUGGACAAGUCCACGGCUGCGGUUUGCCAAUUUUUCAAUGCUCGAGAUGGUUCCGAAUGUGACAAAGGUGCCGCUUGCCCUUUCAGGCAUAUUCGCGGCGACAGGACGAUUGUCUGCAAACAUUGGUUGCGUGGAUUAUGCAAAAAAGGAGACCAAUGUGAAUUUUUGCACGAAUAUGACAUGACGAAAAUGCCAGAGUGCUACUUUUAUUCAAGAUUCAACGCCUGCCACAAUAAGGAAUGCCCGUUCCUACACAUUGACCCGGAGAGCAAGAUAAAAGACUGUCCUUGGUAUGAUCGAGGUUUCUGCCGACAUGGUCCCCACUGUCGCCACCGGCAUGUUCGACGAGUUCUUUGCAACAAUUAUUUGGCCGGAUUCUGCCCUGACGGUGCUAACUGCAAGCACAUGCACCCAAGAUUUGAGCUGCCACCGCCACCAGAAAUACCAAAAGAUCAAAUUAUGAAGAGACCACCCACAUGUCACUACUGCGGAGAACUGGGCCACAAAGCAUCGUCUUGCAAUAAAAUGCCACAGGAACAGAAAGAAGCUACAAUGCGACAAGAAGAGGCACGAUUUCGAGCGCUCAGCUACUUCAAGCAAAACGGAGAAGGUGGCGGCAACGCGGGCAACAAUGAACCUCGAGGCCCGCCACGUCCAUUGGAAGAAAUUACAUGUUACAAAUGUGGAACAAAAGGUCACUACGCAAAUAAAUGUCCGAAAGGUCACUUGGCUUUUCUUUCACAUCAUCAUCACAGUCGAGGGCAGCAGCAGCAACAACAACAGCAUCAGCAACAUGAUUCAGACCAGCCGAUGCAGCAAAGAGAGAAAGAAUAAUUUUAUUGUUGUGAAAAAAUUCGGCUACGUUUUUGAUUAGGUUUUUAAUAUGCAUAUCGUUAGUGACACUAAA